UGUUUGCAUUUUUAAAGCUCCUCAACUCUCUCCUUCUUUCUCUCUCUCUCUCUCUCUCUCUCUCUCUCUCUCUCUCAAAAACACAGAGAAGACUUGAGACAUGGCCAUAGCAACAGCUCUAGUAAUUUUGCUGCUUGCAGCCCCAGCAGUUUAUGGAGUGCAGCACACUGUUGGUGACACAGAUGGCUGGGACUCAAAUGUAGAUUAUGUCACUUGGGCUGCUAGUAAAACCUUCACUGUUGGUGACACCCUUUUGUUCACCUAUGGUGCUUCCCACUCAGUGGAUCAAGUAAAUCAAGCAGGCUACAGUAGUUGCAGUUCAAGCAAUGCCAUCGGAACCCAUAGCGGUGGGAACACAUCAAUCCCCCUCUCACAAGCUGGUCCAGUCUACUUCAUCUGCCCUACUCCAGGUCACUGUGCCAAUGGCAUGAAGCUUACAGUCACUGUUGUUGCAGCUGGCAGCCCCCCUACCACUUCUCCCACCACUCCACCUCCACCAGCCACAACCCCGUCUCCACCCACCACCACUCCGUCUCCGUCCACCACUCCUGCCAGCAAUAAUGGUUCGUCUCCGCCACCCCCGCCACCCCCGCCACCUUCCGGAGCAGCAGCUCUUAGCAUGAAUAUGCUUGGGGUUCCACUUGCGCUGGCAACCUUGGUUGCAUUCAUGGGCUAGGGAGGAGGCAGUGCGGUUGAUCUUUUUCUUUCUUCUUUCUAAUAAUUGACCAGACAUAUUGUUAUGUUGUAUUGUGUUGAAUUGGUGUGAUGUUAGAUGAGAGAUGUUAGAUUUUUUUAUGUUUA